AUCUCGUCUCAUCUUGAUUCAAUCGCUUUGCUUCUUCGUUUGCUGUUCCUUGUUUGAUUCUAAACCAAAGAUCCCGCAUCCGUUCUUUUCUCUGUAUCCAUCAUGUUCUCCAGCUGCCAUGCCAAGCGCAGUAACGACGCGUCGGUCAACGUCACGGAGUUGCUGUACGAGAGACUUCAGAAUAGUCCCAGUGAAGACUGGCAGAGAUUGACGAUGUGUUGGGGUUAUGGGGAUUGUGGGGAUUGUCAUCGGAGUGAGGGGUUUUGUGGGUGGUGUGCUAUUUCCUCAACGUGUCUCCCACUCCCGACAGACCCCCUGUCGCGAGCAUUCCCCCUCCUAUCACCUAUCCGCCAUAAAACUAUCUGCGCUCUAGGACCCGAGCGCUUCGAACUUCGUACCGCCGGUCUAGGCUGCCAAGUCUCCACCAUCACUUUCCUCACCUCCAUCGUCACCAUCUUCUGCACUUUGUUCGGUGUCCUGGUUCUCUAUGGGCUAUCCAAGUGUAUUGGCCUGCUUCGCUUGGGCGCAAGGGCGAAGAAGGGCGGGUAUGUACUGUACGAGGAUGGAACUGGCGAGGUGUGGGUUAGGAAGAGUGAGGGAUGGGGAAAGUGGUGGCGGAGGUUCAUGGGCGAAGAGAAGGAGUUUGAGAUUGAGGAGGUGGACGAUGGCACGAGAAAGCGGGGGUUCUUCUUGUGGAAUACGAGGGAUGAGGAGAGGAGGCCGCUGCUCGAGUGAUCACGUGAGUGCGAUGACCUAUCGAGCUUCGCCUGUUGUCCUUGCCAAACGCUUUGCGCAAGUAGCCUAUUCAAGUUCUAUGCCCUCUG